CAAUGUGUGUAAGAUUGUUCCAGAAGCUUUUGCCAAAGCUAUCCUCCAUCUUUCCAUCCAAACCUCUGAAAUGUUAAACCUAGAAAGGAAUAGUGACCACUCUGCCUGAAUUUAGCAUGUCCAAGGAGCCCACUUCCAACUUGGAGAGUGCCAUGCAGAUGCUCAUAAAGACCUUCCACAAGUAUUCGGGGAAGGAAGGCGACAAAUAUACUCUGAGCAGGGGUGAACUGAAGGAGCUGCUACUAGAGGAGCUCGGGAGUUACCUGGGGAGCGGCUCCAAAGAUAAUGAAGCCGUUGAGAAGGUGAUGAACGACCUGGACGCAAACAACGACGGGGAGGUGGACUUUACUGAGUUCAUCAUUCUGAUGGGAGCCCUCACAGUCGCCUGCAACGACUUUUUCCUGGAGUAUAAAACAGAUGACAAGGCAAAAGGCGAAUCAGCGGAGAAGAAAGAUUGAAUCUGUGCAAGAGGCAGAAAAUGGAUAGAAGAGAAGAGAGGAGAAGGAGGGGCAAGAGUUAAAGUUUUUUUUUUUUUUUUUUUUUUUGUCUUAUGCAACUUUUAAACACUACAAACACACAUUGUAGAAAAUUUGCUGUAGUUUGUGGGUUCAGAAAACAUUGGGAAUUCAGCUGGAGUAGUGUUUUCAUACCACAACUAAUCCAGGUCAAGUUGCACUGCUCUCAAUGCAGUUAGUGACUUUACAUAAACAAUGUGGUAUAUUUACACAUUUUUUAACUCACAUUCAGCAAUUUUGAGAGUUUGUGGAGUUUAAGACGGCACUGGAAGGAAAUACAGUUUUGCAGAAAAUGAUAUUUGAGCUUUUCUUGCACACAAAUAAUUUAUGAAUGUAUAUGAAGUUAUAGAUCAUAUUAUUCUGUGUUUUCAGUGUUGAAAAAUAGGAGAUCUUGCACCUAUUUUGGAAUCUUUUGGAAUUAAACAAUUCUUCAAAAUAUUAAACAUGACAUUUAAUCAACAAGUACUUGGUGUCUAUUUGGUUUUACGUACAGUUUCUAAAGUAUUGGGUACAUUGUGUAAAAUGCAGUUAUUUAGACCCUAUUUUUCUUUGACUUGUCAUCAGCCACAGUUCAAGCCAGCAUUAGUGUAGAUACCACAAAUAACUUACAUGUCUGUAAAAUAAUCUACCACACAAAAGUCUUGAACCAACCCUGAUUUCUUAAUAUUUUGCUUCCAAUGAGCCAGACAUUCAUAGUACCUUUUCAAACAGUCUUGAACAACAGUUCCCCAGACUUUCUGUAGAUCUUUCAUAGUUUUUAUUUAUUCAUUUGCUCUUUUUUUUCUAUUUACUCAUUUUUAGUCCAGCUUAUAGACCUGGCCAUUAGACUACUAUGUAUUGGUUGUGUAGACAACCAUUCCCAAUUGAACUAUUUCCACUGAGACUAAGUUGAAACAAAACAAACAACUUAGCAAAAAGCUAUUUUUAAAUAGUAUAUUUAGGAAAUUUGGUACUUAAGGUCUGUUGUAGACACAUAUGUUGUUCUCAUUUAUUUAGUUCAAUCCUUAGAUUAAGAUAAAAUUGUAUUUUUGCACCAAAAAGAUAAUUCCCAAAGAGCUAUUUGUCAAAAACUUUGCAUAUCUCAGCAACAGUGUACGGUAUGUCCCAAAAAUGUGU